CCCGCCGGGCGGCGGCGGCGGCGGCUGUGGGGCCGAACCGGGACGCGGAGCCGCGCUCCGCACCCCGCGGAGCGGCCCAGCCCGGGAGCCAUGCCGCUGCCGUGCCGGGGCUGGACGCUGGCUUUGCUCACGCUGCUCGUCGGCUUCCUCAUCUUCGCCGACAUCUCGGAGAUCGAGGAGGAGAACGGGAGUUCUGGAGGCAGAGGUACAAUCAGAUCAGCUGUGAACAGCUUACAUAGCAAAUCUAAUAGAGCUGAAGUAGUAAUAAAUGACUCUUCAUCUCCAGCUGUUGUUGACAGAAGUAAUGAAAGCAUUAAGCACAACAUUAAACCAGCCUCAUCCAAAUGGAGACACAACCAGACACUCUCUUUGAAGAUCAGGAAACAGAUCUUGAAGUUCCUGGAUGCAGAGAAGGACAUUUCCGUGCUGAAGGGGACACUGAAGCCUGGGGACAUCAUCCACUACGUCUUUGACAGGGACAGCACCAUGAACGUCUCGCAGAACCUGUAUGAGCUGCUGCCCCGCACCUCUCCCCUCAAGGGCAAGCAGUUCCCCUCCUGUGCCAUCGUAGGCAACUCAGGGGUGCUGCUGGGCAGCGGCUGUGGCCCUGAGAUCGACACACACAGCUUUGUCAUCAGGUGCAACCUGGCUCCUGUUCAGGAGUACUCGCAGGACGUGGGCACGAAAACGGACCUGGUGACCAUGAAUCCAUCAGUCAUCCAGCGAGCCUUCGAGGACCUGGUGAAUGAGACGUGGCGGGAGAAGCUGCUGCAGCGCCUGCACAGCCUCAACGGCAGCAUCCUCUGGAUCCCUGCCUUCAUGGCCAAGGGGGGCAAGGAGCGCGUGGAGUGGGUUAACGAGCUCAUCCUGAAACACCACAUCAACGUCAGGACUGCCUACCCCUCACUGCGCCUGCUGCACGCCGUCCGGGGGUACUGGCUGACCAACAAGGUGCACAUCAAGCGACCCACCACUGGCCUCCUCAUGUACACCUUGGCCACUCGCUUCUGCAACCGCAUCCAUCUCUACGGAUUUUGGCCGUUCCCCCUGGACCAGAACCAGCAGCCAGUCAAGUACCACUACUAUGACAGCCUGAAGUACGGCUACACCUCGCAGGCCAGCCCGCACACCAUGCCCUUGGAGUUCAAAGCCUUAAAGACUCUGCACCAGCAGGGAGCCUUGAAGCUGACUGUAGGGGAAUGCGAGGGGGACACGUAGGGCGGCCCCGGCUGCGAUCCUGCAGGCUGCACAACCGGGGCAGGAUGGGGAGGGGCAGAAAGGAGCCCAGUGGGGUUGGGUGUCUUUGUUAAUGCGCAGAGCAGCGGCACAAAUAUAUAUACGUGGUACCUAUAUAUAUUGACCUGAGUAUUAUAACUGUUCGGUGUUUCACCAAGGAACGGGUAGGAGACAUGCGUGAGCAUCUGGAGGGCCCAG